GGCGCUCCCGGCCCCGCCCCGCCCCGCCGUGCCGGUGUGCGCGGGGAGCAGCGCUCCGCUCCGCGGGGCGCCAUGGGGCGGGCGGGCCGCCGGCUGCCCGCGCUGGCAGCGCUCUUCUACGGGGCGCUGGCGGCCCUGGUGCUGCUGGGCGUGCGGGACGUGAUGUUCCUCUACGAGGAGAACCGGUGCAGCAUGACCUACAUGUACGAGUACCCCGAGUACCUGAAAAUAAAAUUACCCAAGAAAACAGCCAGACGAUACCCAGCAUAUGAGCUGUAUCUCUAUGGGGAAGGGAACUAUGCUGAAGAAAACAAAAAUCUCCUAUUGACAGGAAUUCCAGUUCUUUUUCUGCCUGGGAAUGCUGGCAGUUACAAACAAGUACGUUCUCUUGGCUCCAUUGCACUUAGAAAAGCAGAAGAUGUUGACUUCAAGUAUCAUUUUAAUUUCUUCAGUGUCAACUUCAACGAGGAGUUGGUUGCAUUGUAUGGUGGUAGCCUGCAAAGACAGACCAAGUUUGUGCAUGAGUGCAUCAAAGUAAUUCUGAAGUUGUACAAGGAUGGGGAUUUUGCACCGAGCAGUGUAGCAAUAGUUGGGCAUUCCAUGGGUGGUCUUGUUGCAAGAGCAUUGCUCACUCUGAAGAAUUUUAAGCCUGAACUUAUAAACCUGCUCAUCACACAAGCCACACCUCAUGUUGCACCUGUGAUGCCUUUAGACAAGUAUCUUACUGAUUUUUAUACAGCUGUAAACAAUCAUUGGAUUCUAAAGGCCCAAGAUUUAAGAAAUUUAACUACCCUUUCUGUGGCGGGAGGAUUCAGAGAUUACCAAGUUCGUUCAGGACUGGCUUUUCUACCAAGAUUGAGUCAACAUGACAGUGCCUUAUCUGUUGUGAGCUCAGCUGUGCCUAGAGCUUGGGCCUCAACUGACCAUCUCUCCAUAGUGUGGUGCAAAGAACUGAUCCUGGCUACCAUUAGAGCUUUUUUUGAUCUCAUAGAUGAAAACACAAGGCAGAUAACUCAGGAUCCAAAGAAAAGAAUGUCUGUACUGAAUCACCACUUUGUGAGACACCCUGCAAAGAUGUAUGAGGAAAAUCCUGAAGCUUUUACACACCUCACAGGAGCUUUCAAUUGGAUUACAGUCAAAGCCUCAAAAUGGACUUACUCAGUUUACAAUGAUUCUGAUGGAAAAUAUUUCUCAUUUCCUCUUGCAAGCCACAGAAAAUCAUACAGUCAUGUUUACUGUGAAAAUAGUAUGUUGGACACAAGUAGCUGGAUUUAUGGCUGCAUGAACACUAAUUCAUCAAUGUGCCUGGAAGCUGCUGAUUUAUCCUGGAGAGCUGAGUUACUUCCAACCACCAAGGUUGUAAUGCUGAAACUUCUGGACUAUCCUUCUUUGUCCCACAUUGUCAUUCAGGUACCACCUGCAGUUGGCAAUAAGUAUACUUUGGGCUGUGAAUUCUUCAAAGAGGAUUCCAGAACAGUCCAGCUCCCUGUAACACAUCUUUUUUCAUUUGGGUUUUCUUCAAGCAAAAUUCUAUUAAAUUCAACUGGAUUACUUUACAAUGUACAGCUCCAGCACUUCAACCAAAUAUAUCAAGCUUUCAAAAUUUAUAUAGACAGUCACUGCCAGUCACUCAAAGAAAGAAAACCAAGUGUUUAUAGACUUCAUAUCCCCUGGUCAUAUGAAGACUCAAUAACUGUGGCAAAAGUUCCAUCUCUUGCUGAGAUUUCUGCCAAACUGCACAUUGCUCAGCCUCACAGUGACAGCAGCCUUCCAGAGUUAAACAUCUACUCUUCCCCAGACUGUCAGUAUGAAGUAAUUCUGAAGACAUCACUUCUACAGGUUCUUGGUCAGAUAGUAAGGUUCCAUGCUGGUGCUUUUCCAGUCUAUAUUGUUUCUAAUAUUCUUCUUACUUAUGGAGGACAACUGAGCACAUUGAGAUCAACAGGCCAGUGUUCAGACUUCUCCCUCGAGCUGGUUAGGACAGCAAAGCCCUACAAAGUAGAACCUCUUAUAAGCAUUGUUGUGUUUCUGCAGGGGUUUAACUGGUUUAGAGAGAUAUGGGAAUCACUGUCACUACCAGAGGUGGAUGCUGCUGUACUGAGUAGUCAGGAUGCAUGGUUCCCCCUUGUGUCCCUGAUUCUAUUUCUUUUUGGGACAGGCAUUGCCUACUGGAGUGGAGUAUUUUUCUCUACAUCUCUGAGACUCUUCUCUUCAUUAUGGUUAACUCUGAUUAGACCUCCUGAACUUCAGAAGGAUAAGUUGAUUACACCCAGCAGACUCUGUGGGAUGAUAUCCCUUGCUUUGGUUAGCUGGACCACUUGUGGUGCAUUUUCUGUGCUCAUUGUUUAUCUUCAAUACUUGUUCAAGGUUGUAAAACUGCAUGUAACUGUAAGAGCAGAGCAAAACAUGCACAACAGGGAUUCAGGUCACUCAAAAGAAACCUCACAGAACUCCAGUACACACACAGUAAAAGCCCAGAGUUCAGGGGACAGCAUUUCAGAAGCAACACAGUCUCCUUCCAACAAUAAAACAUCUGCUGAAGCUGUUAACAGUCUUAAGAUGCACAUUACAGUCCUGAAUUUAUUCACGUGGAUUGUGCUGCUCAACUUGCCAUCUUUAAUUUAUUGGUUAAAAAAUCUCAGGUACAAUGUUAGGCUUGAUCCUGAUCCCUGUAGAUCCACAGCUAUUAUCCUUGUAUGCAUCUUAGAAAUUCUAAUGAAUUCAAAUACUUCUGAAGUGAAAUCAAGUAAACUCUUGAAGAUUGCAGCCAAAGUUCCACUCCCUUUGUCUGUUGCAAUGCUGGCCUUUGGACGGAUGCAUUUAUACAGAGUCCCACAUUUUGUAACCUUUUCUCUCCUUCUACAUGUGCUGUGCUGUUUUGUGUAAUGUUCAUUCUAUAUAGGACAAAGCACUCUAGAAACUUAACACUGGAGAUGGGAAAAUUGCAACACAGAAAUGCCUAAAUUAAUAUGAUCAGUAGUUUACAUUAUGUGGGAAAGAGGACAGAACUGUGAAUACUUUACAGAAAAUUCAUAGUUUUAUUAAGGUUGCUUAGAAAACUUUUCCUGGUGUUUAUUUCAUGUCUCUGAAAUGGAGUGAUGUAACUGUGUGUAAGCACAUGACUCAUAUCAGUGCAACAUCUCAGUACUCUGCCUUGUAGACACCUUGGUGUUUCACUGUACUGCUUUGUGGAAACAGACCUUUUUUACUCACUGUGCCAUGCAGUGUCUGUGUUCUGAACUUGCAUCUCUUGCAGGUCUGAAGUAUGCUGGUUAAAACUGAAUACAUUUCAAGCACACUGUGACUAUCACAAAAACCACACAGCCAAGUAUACUUUGAAUUAUUUUAUGUUACAUUAAAAAGCUGCCACAUUUGUGUCUAGACAAACUAGAAUGUACUGCUUAUAUAGAACUGUUAUUUCUAUCAAAUCAUUUGUUCAAUCAGUGUGAGUUGAACAUUUGUGAGAUUAUUGCAAGUCUUACACAUUUUACUUUUUGUGAGAGUGAGAAGACAACAGUAUUCUAUGUAGCUUUCUAUUCAGGAAGGAUACCAGCAGAUUCAUAAACAAUUUGCUGUAAUUUGUUUUAAAACAUUGUCAGUUUUCUCUGGAAUUUUGAAAUUAAUCCUUGGACUUUGUUCAUAUGUAGAAGCUAACAAAUGUUGAGAUGUGAUGUGAGUUACCAGUGCAGUUGCUGCACUCUUUCUAAGUAGACAAGGCAGGCUUUUUUCCUAUUGUAAUCAGAGAACCAACCAUCUCUUAAUAAAUGCCAAAGCAUAAAAUGAAUAUGGAAUAGUUACAACCCUGCAAACUCUUGUCCUGCCAUACAGUGCUAACUUCUGCAUGUGGGCAAACUCAGUAAUAGUGGGAAAUACUGACCAUAAUUAUUAGCUCUGUAUAAAUUUUAUCUUAGUGCCUAGAUGCUACAGUGACUGCCAUUUGUAACAAAGCCUACAAUAGCUACGUGUAAGGAAUUCUGUCCCCUGGGCAUGUGUUUUGCCAACAGAAGAAAUCUCAGCAGUCCUUAGGUUUAAAUGAUGCAUUGAUUCUGUGUGGAGAUGAGCUUACUACUUGCUUCUGUCUUAGCUGUCUCUGCUGUGUCUGAGAUACCUGUUACCUUCAUCUGGAGAUACUAGACCAGCUCUAUCAUCUUAUAGGAAUACCAAGAGGAAAUCUGCUGCUCACAGUCAAUCAAGUAUACUCCUGAUACAGUAGGAGCCAGCCUGACCCAUUAAUUCCAUCAUAUCUUAAUAAUCUUGCCUAAGUGCCUCAGUUAUUUCUAAUAUGUUGUUAGGGUCAAUUCCUUUGAGCUGGCUGGAAAGACUCAAUUCACACAGUGAUUUUCCAAAAUGAAGGACAAACAUGAAGAAAGCCACAUAUGUUUUGUUUGCUUAUAUCCAUGUCAGCAAUUCAAGUUAUUAGUAAGUCAUUCCAAGUGCUGUAACUGAGUAAGGGUAUUGUAGUUAGCCAAACCACUGUCACUGUUAUCAGUAAUCUAUCUGCUGGUAUUCUAGUUUUAACCUUUUCAAAAAGAAGGUUAGAUUAUAUAUAGUGUUUGUAAAUCAGAAAAGUUAUUUGAAUAGAUUAUAUCUUGAUAUUUUCUAAUGAAAUGUAUGCUACAGUAUAUGUAUAUAAGAUAAUUUGUGUGACUUAAUUUACUUGUAGCUAAAUGCACCAGUUGGUUUAACUAGAAAUUGCUGUUCAGACAUAGAAGAAUAGAGUUGUACUUGCAAAUGGCUGUGAAUGAAAGAUGGUGGCAGAACUGCACUAGGGCUGGCAAAGGGCUGUGAAAUGUGCAGGGUCUGAUUUCUGGGGAAGAUAGUUUUCCUUGACUUUCAUGGUCCAUUUGGCUUAUCACUUUAUUUUACUUCUGAUUUUGUUUUGCCACCUUAACAGGCUCUUUGUGCAUGAAUCCAUUUGUUGGAACUGUUGGAAAUGAAACAGUCUUGAUAUUUGGUAUCUUUGAUAGCUUUCAAAAUAUGCCAUGAAGUGAAACAUACUGAAUUACAGAAUUACAGCAGCAUAGGAUAACCUUUUUUUUUUUUCAUUUAUUAAUUUUUUUUUUUAGCUGGAGUUCUAUUGAUGAUUGUUAGCACUCUUCAUAAAGUGGGUUCUGGUAUCUUGUGUAUUUUCUUGCCUGAUUUUCAAGUUGGAGGUAGGAAUAGGUAUAAUCCUGACUCUGAGAUCCCAGAUAACAAGAGUUUUUCACAUCUCCCUUAACACUUCCUUUCCUCAGAGAUGGUUUACCUUUACUGGGGAAAGGAGGGGAAGUCUUACUCCUAUUUUGAAGUUUAAUGCCUUGUGUGCCAUUUAAUAGAUUUAAACUGUUGUGAGGGAUGUGUGUCUGGAUUGUUCAGUGAUUAUGGAUGGACAACUUCAACUGUUUGGCAGAUUAGGAGUCUAAUCCCAAUUAGAUUUGCCAUACAAUCAGUGGAUGGUAAUAGGAUUAGAACAAGUCUCAGAAUUCAUCCCAUUCUAAGAGAGGAUGAAUUCUCCUACUUGUCAUACUGAAAAGGACUAGAUUUUGUAACAGUCUGAGGUUGUUUUUCAGGUAAAAUACAAUGAUUGUUGUUACUUUUGGACAAGAAGAUUCUGUUAGGUGAAUCUGUAGUUCUGCCACUAUUCAAUUAUCAGCAGAAACAUAGGAUAACCCUAUAUAUAUAUAUAUAUACACUGUUAAUUGCAUAUAUAAGGAGAUGUAAAUAUUACUGAAAUAUCCUUUCUUAUGAGUGGGAUACAUUUAUAAAACAGCUUUUGGCAAAUACAUUAUAAUGUCUCUUACUAACUUCAAUUACAUUAAAAUUCCACUUUAUUCUUCACAUUUCAGCUUAUCUAGACCUUGUGGGAGGAGACCAAGGCACAAAUUGUAAGGGUUUAGAACCUCAGGAUGUAUUCAAAAUAAGAACUGUUUAUGUGGAUCUAAUACAAUUUUUUAUAAGCUAUCAGAAACAGAAUGAGGAAACAGGGUAAGAACUUAAAAUACUAAAUGCCACUAACUUUUGGUACAACAGAAUCUUUCUUUGACAUGGAGAGAUUUAAUGAGAAGCUUUGGUGACAGCUUCAUACCCUGAAAUUACUCUGGAAGUUUAUAAUCUUUUCUGCUUGAUGCCAUCAAAGAUGUUCCUCACAGUCUCAUCAUGCUGCAAUGACAUGUGUAUCUAACACUUCAUAGAAAGUCUCUGUGUCUGAUAAGGAAAAAGUCACAUCUUCACUGCAAUUACCAAGUGUACCUUGGAACUGAGUGAAUUGAUGUUGUCCAAAGCUAAUCUUCUUAGUUGUGAUUUAAAAGUUGCAGUGGGUAACAUUUCAGCAUCCUGAAAGAGGAUUGGUUUGUGGGUUUUGGUGGGAAGUUUCUCUGUAUGUUUUAUUUCCAAGAAACCUGCAGUAAAUGGAAUUUAAGUUAAUAUUAUUUCUGACAUUUAGGGUUCUGCCCUGAUUUUGGUUUUAAGUGAGCUAAUUCAUGUAGCAAAUAAUUCCUUAAUAUUAAUUUGCUACUUUUCAAAACAAAUAGAUGAAUAAUGACAAAACUGUGAGCAGUGCAGUACUAAUACAUUGUAGAAGCAUAGAGACUUCUGGUAUGUCUAAGUGAAUUUUUCAUCUAUAACCUAAUUGGACUAACUUUAAAGUCAGUGAUUAACAAAACAAAAUGUAUUGACAUUUUAACAAAAGCAUUGCAUAUGUCAGUGUUUUAUACAUCUCAUUUUCCAUGUGUUUGCCAUAACAAGUGAGAAACUCACUUGGUGUUCUUCUGAAAUCUGAUACAUCUGAUCCAUCUGAGAGCACAGAAUAAAGUCUGUUAUGUAGUCAUUAAUAAAUGUAAACAUUUGAGAAACUUU